AUGGGUGACUUUAAAGGUAGUGUUACUGCAGCUGCAAUCAACCUGGCAGAUGAUGCACUGUGGAAAAAGAUACAGAAGAACACCUUCACGCGCUGGUGCAACGAACACCUGAAAUCUGUAGAGCUGCAGAUCGGCGAUCUUAAGUUCGAUCUGAGCGAUGGCCUCAUCCUUAUCUCGCUGCUGGAGGUCCUGAGCCAUAAAAGGAUGUUUAGAAAGUACCACACGCGACCAACCUUCAGACAGCUCAAGCUAGACAAUGUUUCGGUGGCUCUGGAGUUUUUGGAUCAUGAAAAAGUUAAGUUGGUGUCUAUAGACAGUAAGGCCAUAGUGGACGGGAACUUGAAACUGAUCCUGGGUCUAGUGUGGACCCUGAUACAGCAUUACUCCAUCUCCACCCCGAUGUGGGAGGAUGAGGCAAACAAUUCUGUCUCCAAACUGACUCCAGAGAUGAGGCUUCUGGGAUGGAUCCAAAACAAAGUCCCUGAGCUGCCCAUAACUAAUUUCAGCCAGGACUGGCAGGAUGGCAAGGCCCUCGGUGCAUUAGUGGAUGGACUGGCACCAGGCUUGUGUCCUGACUGGGAGAGCUGGGACACGGUGCAUCGGGUGAGUAACACUAAAGAAGCCAUGCAGCAAGCAGAUGAUUGGCUUGGAAUUCCACAGCUCAUAGCCCCAGAGGAGAUUCUUGAUCCAGCUGUGGAUGAGCAGUCAGUGAUGACAUACCUCUCACUUUUCCCCAAAGCCAGACUGAAACCUGGAGCUCCACUCAAGCCAAAGAAAGUGCUUAAACCCAAAGCCUGUCAUGCCACAGGACAGGGACUGCAGUCCAAAGGCAUGAGAGUAGGUCAGCUGGCCCAGUUUAAGGUGGACACCCACAAAGCUGGUCCUGGAAAUCUGGAGGUCAAUAUUAGAGACCCCAGUGGUAAGGAAGUGGCUGUUACACAGAAGGAUGCACAUGAGGGUGUAUAUACCUUUGAAUAUACACCCACUGCUACAGGAGAUCACACAGUGGACAUCACUUGGGUUGGUCAGCACAUUGCCAAGAGCCCAUUUAAAGUCCAUGUUGGUUCAAAAGCUGGGCCACAGAAGAUCCGGGCAUGGGGACCAGGACUGGAGGGAGGGACUGUGGGUUUGUCAGCUGAUUUCUUGGUGGAAUCUGUUGGUGCAGAUUCUGGCAUGCUAGGUUUUGCCAUUGAAGGUCCAUCUCAGGCAAAGAUUGAGUGUGAUGACCAUAAUGAUGGCUCCUGCCUGGUGCGGUUCUGGCCAACUGAGGCCGGUGAGUAUGCUGUACACAUAAUGUGUGAUGAUGAAGAAAUCCAGGACAGUCCCUUCAUGACCUCCAUCAGACCUAAGAGAAAAGACUUCCGCCCUGACCAGGUGAAAGUAGAAGGACAAGGUGUUUCCCAAACUGGCUGCAUAUUGAACCUUCAAACCGAAUUCACAGUAGAUACCAGGCGAGCUGGUGAAGGAGAACUUAAAGUUUAUGCUCGGAGAGCAGAUGGAGAGUUUGUAGAUGUUAUUGUUGCUUCUGAACAAUCUGGUGUCUUUGUCUGCUCCUACAUCCCUUCAUCUCUCUCGAAACACACCAUUGCUGUGGCUUGGGAAGGAGUCAUGGUUCCCGGCAGUCCUUUCAUUGUGACACCUCGCAGGAUUAAGAUUACACCAUGUAGCCCAGUCUUGUUUAAACCAGAUGGAUCGGAAAUGUAUUACUCUGAUGACGAGAUGGACCUUGAUGAAGACUUUCCAGAGAACGUACGGCCUGGUGGCCAUGGAGAACUUGUUAUGAACAUAGUCAGCCCAUCAAACAUCCAAGCCGAUGCCACUAAGGUAAGGGCUCAUGGUCCAGGCCUAAAAGAAGGUUUUCUUGGAGAACAGGCGGAGUUUAUCAUUGACACAAGCAGAGCAGGCAGUGGAAGACUUGCCAUAAGAGUGGAUGGACCCUGUGAAGUUACUCUACAAUGUCUGGACAAUCAAGAUGGCACUUGUACAGUGUUUUACCUUCCCACAGAGCAUGGGAUGUACAAAAUAAAUGUCCUUUUUGACAACUCUCACAUAACUGGCUCUCCAUUCCAGUCUGUUAUACAGAAGCCGAUUGACCCCUCUAAGGUUUUGGUAACAGAUCUUGAUCUGCUACAGGGGAAAGUCGGUGAACCUUGCAUUGUAAAUAUAAACUGUCCAAUGGCAGGAUCUGGAGCUCCAUCUGUGCAGGCUGUCUCUGACUCAGGAGUCAUUGUCCAAACUGAAGUGAAGGAGAAUGAAGACGGCACCUACACAGCUGUUUAUGUGCCUCUAACUGCAGGCGUAUAUACGCUGCUUCUGAAAUAUGGAGGAAAGGAGGUGCCCUUUCGUAAAGUUAUGGUGAAUCCAAAGGUCUACAAAAGCCAUGUAAAAGUGAGCAGACAAGGCGUUGUGGUUAGUGAUUGGGAAACUGACACAUGUCAAGUUGUUGCAAAUGGUUUGGGUCUCCAAAAGGGCCUCACUGGACAUCCUAAUGUGUUUCGUGUAAACGCCAGAUCUUCAGUUGAUGAUCUGGACAUAACAGUGGAGGGUCCGUCUGAGUGUCAGGUGACAUGUAAAGACAGCGGUGAAGGCAUGUAUAAUGUGGAAUAUUAUCCUUCAGUGCCUGGUGACUAUAAGAUCACCAUUACCUGUGGAGAGAAUCACAUUCCAGGAAGUCCAUUUAUUGCAUCAGUGAAGGAUGUUUCAAGUACUGCAGACUCUGGAGUCUGUCUGCAGUCAGGGAUUUGUGUAUCUUCAAAUACUGAUACUCAUGUGCCAGAGAUCAAAUACAGUGGAGAUGAGAUUUACAGAUCAAGUCCACCUCCAUCAAUGGAAGACACAGAUUCCUUCAUAGAUCCUCAGAGACCUUGUGGAAGCAGCAGUCCCAUCCAGUUCCAAGUACUGCCUAAUUGUGACCGUAAUACAGAGCUUCCCUCAUCUCGUGGUGGGAAUAUGGCAAAGGUUAUUAUUCCUGGUAUUAAAGGUGGAGUCUGUGGUAGAACCCCCCAAAGUUUUACGAUUGACUGCAGUAGCAGUGGAGAAACACCAGGGACUGUUGCUGUGGUGAGACCUGAUGGUUCCAUAGAGCUUCUGGAGGUGACAGACAGUGGGGAUGGCAGUUAUACUGUUGUCUAUUUGCCCACCAUGGAUGGCUGUCAUGUAUUAAUGGUGAAAUUCACUAAUGAUGAGAGUUUUCAUCGUUGUGACAUGAAUAAUAGUCACCAGCCGUCAUCCUCAUGCAAACAUCAAGGUUUUCAAAACAAGGUUGAGGGCAGAAAUGUAAUUCCUCUCGGUGCCAUUAAUCAAGCAGGGUUUCUAUCAUGUGAUAUAGUCCUGCCAUCAGAAUUAAGUGAAGGUGAAAUUACAGGUGAGGUGAUCACGCCGUCUGGAAAGACAGCACAGCCCAGUGUGAUUGAUAACAAAGAUGGUACCAUCAUUCUAAAGUUUGAUCCUUCAGAAGAGGGUCUUCACCAGCUAUUUAUUAAAUCAUCCAGAAAUGAUUUACCAGAACUUCCACUGCAGUAUUAUGCAAAUAGUCUUGCUAAUCGCAGCACUAUGGCCUAUGGACGUGGCCUUGUGUAUGGAAUUGCAAAUGAGACAGCAACAUUCACCAUCUGUCAGGAAGAUUCUGCCUCGAGUGAGCUGGACAUCACAAUUGAGGGUCCAUCUGAGGCAGAUGUGCGCUGUGUGGACAAUGAAGAUGGCACUUGUACUGUGAGCUACUUCCCAACUGAGCCUGGAGAUUAUGAGAUCCAGAUUCAAACUGAUGACGUGCCUAUCCGAGGUAGUCCCUUCAAGUCCAGAAUUGCUGAUGGAAAUGUGAGAAGGUCACAGGUAAAACUGGGCAGUGCUGUUGACUUUACCCUGGACAUCACUGAAAAAGAUAUAAGCCAGCUCUCCGCCAGCAUCAUGUCACCCGCAGGCAAUAAUGUACCCUGUUUGCUGAAAACACAACCUGACAGCCAUCUUGGUGUAUCAUUCAUCCCCAGAGAGGCUGGUGAGCAUCUGGUCAGCAUCAUGAAGGACGGUGAGCAUGUGAACAACAGUCCCAUCUCUCUUUCCAUCAGUCAGGCAGAGAUAGGAGAUACCAGCAAGGUGAAGGCCUUCGGCCCUGGCUUACAUACAGGGCAAACCUUCUGCACAUCUGAAUUUGUGGUUGACACUUGGGAUGCAGGAUAUGGUGGGCUAACAAUUGUAAUUGAGGGUCCCAGUAAAGUAGACGUUCACACUGAGGAGCUGGAGCACGGAACCUGCAAUAUAUCGUACUGCCCAAUCAAGGCUGGGAAUUACAAAAUCGCCAUUAAAUUCUCAGAUGAACACAUUCCAGGGAGUCCUUUUACAGCUGUGGUGACAGACCGUAGGCUUAUGAGAGAGAACAUCACGUACAACCAGAAAGCAGCUCCUAUUGCCAGCAUUGGGAGUGAAUGCAGCUUAGCCUUCAAAAUCCCAGGUACUGAUGCUGAGACUCUGUCUGCUUAUGUGCAUGAGCCCUCGGGACGUCCAGGAGAGGCUGUUAUUGUUUCCACAGGCAGUGACACCUAUGCAGUGAGCUUUCUAGCUAAAGAGAUGGGAGUUUAUAAUGUGACCGUAAAUAACCAAGAUCAGACAAUCCCUGGUUGGCCACUGCAGUACACCGUCGGCCCACUUGGACAGGGAGGAUGUGAAAAGGUCCAGGUGUGGGGGCAAGGCCUUCAAAAAGCUCUAGCAAGUGUUCCAGCUGACUUUAAUAUUUGGUCCCAUGAGGCCGGAGCGGGAACUCUGUCUGUCUCAGUAGAGGGUCCUGGAAAGAUUGAGCUCCACUUUGACGAUCAGCUGGAUGGUUCUUGCAUUGUGUCCUACACUGCUCAAGAGCCUGGUGACUAUGAGGUUUCAGUCAUGUUUGAUGAGGAGCAUGUUUCUCAAAGCCCUUUCUAUGUGUCUGUCAGUGCUGCCACAGAUAAGAGUCUCACACAAGGACAAAAUUGCUCUGCCAUAGAUCAUAAUCAGAUGUGUGACAGUUAUGAGGAACCCUCUCUGUCAGACAUGGAGAUAAACACAACAUCUGACAGCAGUGCUGAGACAGUUUUCCUGUCUGACGCUAGUAAAGUCAUCUGCCAUGGCCCAGGCCUGAGUAAGAGCUUUCUAGGACGCAAAAACACUUUUUAUGUGGACUGCAGUAAAGCUGGACGAAACCUUCUCUUUGUCGGCAUGCAUGGCCCCACCAUCCCCUGCGAGCGGGUGUCAAUCAUUCACAUGGGCGGACAUCAGUACAGGAUCACCUAUGCUGUGAAAGAAAGAGGAAAAUACAUAUUAGCAGUGAAGUGGGGAGAUGAACACAUUCCAGGAUCUCCAUUCCAUAUUACUGUUCUGUGA